AAAUGUAUAUGAGUGUGCCUUUUAAUUGUUGUCUGCUAUAUAAUUUUCUGUUGAAUAAAUUGAUUGAAAAACACAUUCCUUUUUAUGAAGCGCAUACAUUUUGACUUUUGAAAAUGCUCAUAUCUCGAGUUUGUAUAAUUUUAACAACUGGCUCAGCGAGCUAGGCUGCGACUAGAACGGAAGCAACAUUGAAGAAAAGUUGAUAUUUUGAGGUUAUAUCAUCGUGUUUUCGUAACACGGUACAAUUGUGAGUCACAGAUAAUAAAAAUUCGCAGUCAUCUGGCAAGUCUAAACACACCAUAGUCUUUCGAAAUUGUACGGAAGUUUGCAUAAAGCAUGUAUAGCGAGCAAAAGCUUCAGCUACAAUGUUCAAUUUGGAAUCAUAUAUAACACCUGUUAUACUCAGCUAUGUUGAAAAAUAUGUUAAAAACUUCAAACCGGAACAGUCGCAGGUUUCGUUGUGGGGUGGCGAUGCCUCAUUUCAAAACCUAGACUUACGGUUGGAAGUUUUAGAAGAACAGCUUAAUCUGCCAUUCAGCUUUGUCAGUGGGCAUAUCCAUGAGCUGCUCAUUCAUGUUCCUUGGGUAAAAAUAACUUCAGAACCAAUCGUAGUGACCAUCAAUACCAUAGAGUGCAUUUUAAAGCUUAAGGACGAAAACCAGGCAGAUGCCAAUACACGCAAACCAGCGAAGAAGAAAAAGGAAGAAAAAGAGGAAGAAGCACCUCCUGGAUAUAUAAAGAGUAUGGUGACAAAGGUCGUUAACAAUAUAACGAUCAAUUGUAACAACUUGAUACUGAAAUAUGUCGAAGAAGAUAUAGUUUUGAGUGUGAACAUCAGAUUCCUCAGCAUGCAGACUGUCAAUAAUAAAUGGGAACCAGCAUUCACAGAUGUCAGCAGUUAUGAAGUUCUUCUUAGGAAGGUCAUAACAAUACAAGAUCUAACAUUGUGUUUAGAUAAAAUGGAUGCAUCGGGUAAAAUCGAAGUUUAUCAGGAUCCCGUUUUGUAUCGGUGCUCAAUGAUCAUACGGCUUAUAGUAAACUAUCAUAGUAAUACGGCAAAACGUGCUUCUGUAACGAGACUCGACUUACACUGUGAAAAAAUGGAAUUCAGUAUGACAGAGCAACAGAUUCCCAUGCUGCUCCGAUUAAUAGCAUUGGUAAUCGCUUUACAAAGUAAAAUGUUGCCAUCCAGUAAAGAAAGAUCGUUAAUAUCCAUGGAAGAGGGUAUUGAAAAUGAGCACGAAGAUGAUUCAGAAUCAGAAACUGCUUCGCAACAGGAGGGCGGAAGCUGGGCUGGUUGGGCUUGGAACAUGGUCCCAUCAGUUUUGCCAGUUCACUGGGAUAAUGAUUGGUCCAGUGAACAGCUGAUGGCAUAUACUGGUCACACGAUACACAUGGGCUUUUAUGUUGACGAUGCAACUGUAACUUUCAAGACAACGGACAGCGUGAAGGAGCAGCUGUUUUACAAACCGCGCAAAAUUAGGUACAAGUCGUUUAUGUCGCUAAAGUUGAAUGGAGUUGUGAUAGAUGUAUUGCAUCAAGACAUGACGUGGACCAGUAUGCAGGCCGGACUGGGUAGUAUACAUCUGUUCCCCAGAGGGUCGUGCAGUUGUGGUCACCCAGAAGUUAUAGACGGAGUACAGCCGCCUCUGUACGUUACUGCUGGAAACGUUGGCAAUAACCAUUUGAAGGAUUCUUUAUUCGACGCAGAAGCUGUAGAGAACAAAGAGAAAAAAAGGGUUUAUAAGUGUGACAUCGAAUAUUAUCUUGCAACUGUUACUGUGGAAAGUUUACUAGAACGGUGUCCAGCCUUUGUAAUGGAUUAUGUGUACCUGAUUGAUUUGCCCGAUGACAUAAUGCCAGAGAAAUUAUCCGAAUUCAAUUCGAACUUUGAAUACAGCAAUUUCCAUGAGCGUAGAGUAGUGCGAUACGUAGUUGGUGAUUUAACUGUGCGGAUGUGCUCAGGUCUAUUUCAUCGUUUAGAAUCAAUCAAACAAGCCGCGAUGAAGUAUGAUUAUGAACCUUACAUAGUUCCAAAACCCGAGCCAACCAUCGACGAGUUGCCUCCAGUUACAGUUGAAGAGUACGAUGCUCUGAGGGAAAAUAUAUCAAGGGUUGAAAUAAAGCUGAUUUUAAUCAAUGGUUCUGUUGAAUUGCAAUUAGCCGACCACCAAAUAACUGGCUUACCUCGAAAAAGAAAACUUGUGGAAAAAAAGACGGCGCCACUAACUCCUGCACUAUCUGAUGAUCCGGUCUUGAGUAUAGAAUGGGAUAAAUUAUUGAUAGACAUAGAUCAGCCAAUGUAUCCACACCGUUUGGUAGCAUGUGCAUGCAAACAAACCGACUUGCCUCCAGACAUGUUGAACUCUUGCCACAGGCUUAUAAAUGGGGUGGUACAUAAUGUCAAGUGUCAGCUUUAUUUGACCAAAAAGAGUCGGACAAUGUUGGUUAUGCCUUUCGGAUUUCGGUAUUCAAUGAAAAUGCUGCUCUAUCCUCAAUACUGGCUGAGCCUGGACAUGGACCACGUAUUUCACCAUUUUCAAAUCGAUGGUAUCACAGUCACCGGUACAAAGAUGAAGCUUAUGGUCGCAACGUCAAUCGCAUCAUCUGUAAUAAAUCCUGAAAAUACGCUUAAUCCCCUGAUAUGCUCAUCACUUUUCAACGAUGCUUGUCAAGAGAAAGAUCCUGUGUAUCUUGAAUUAUGCUUGGAAGGCAUAAGUGGAAAGAGUAUAUCGUCCAUCGCAACAAUUUCCAACGUUCUUGAUAUAUCUUCCGCUAAGGUAUUUUUACUCAAUGAUGUUCAACAAGCCUUUGUUGUUUCUGGCCCUGAAAGUGAUCAUUCCAGCGACGCAGAUUCAAAACCAUUAUUAACAGCUGUGGUCCAGUUUUCAAAAGAUCCAAGCAAACAAUUCCAUCCACCAAUUCUGUCGUUCCAAGUAUCAGAGAUCAGAGGCUCGUUGGAUCCUCUAUUUGCACAGUGGCUGCAGUAUCAUCCAGUUUACUAUAAAUUGGAUCAAGUUGACAUACCUCAGUCUGAAGCUAGCGUCCAGCUACGAACGCCUGAAGAAACAUCGCCUGAUCCAUCUGUACGUAAGAAAAAUUUUCCAGGCAUAAGUCAGAGUGUUCAUAGCUCGUCGGAUCAAGAAAAACGUAAAUCUGGGAUGACUUUGGAUGAAUCUAAUCCCAUCUCAAAAGCUGAUGACCUACCAAAGUCGGAGCACAAAAGCGAAGCUUUAUCAUUGCAAUGUAACUUACAGAAAAUGGGGGUAUUGGACAGGAUAGUCGAUUGGUAUCCGGAAUGGUGUGGACUUGUGUUAAGUGGCUGUAUAGGGCAUAUUGUUGUUUAUAUCCCAACCGCGACAAUGAGUUGCAUUGGCGUCCAUGGUAUUGAACAAGCAAAAGACCAAGCCUUGAGAGAAGAUCGAAAUCUGCAAAUUCUAGUCAUAAAAACACCCUCUCUCUACCUCAAUUCAGUGAAUAUGCAGGUCGAAAUUUUAUCGUCUUAUAUUAAAGAUUUACCUGUGAAAUUACCAAGAACAAUGUGGAGCCCUGCAACUCAAAGUUUUCCAUGGACAGUAAAUGUGAAUGAUUUUCAUUGCUACACACUUCAAAGAGAAACACAGAAGAAUUUUAUCAAGAAAGUUUCUCUCAAUGCUACCGUCGGAUUAACUGCCAAAACUUCAUCAGAAGCUUCUGCAACAUCGGGCAACAAAUUGACAGCUCUAAGCUUGUGCGUUCACGUCGACACAACACCCAUUACUGUUUCCAUAUCGGAAGAACAGGUAUUAUUCAUGAGUAGCAUUGCAGUAAAUGUACUCAAUGUUAUGCGAAAUAUACACCCGAGAAGGACUAGCAAGAUUAUCGGAGAUUCUCCAGUUGAAGUACAAACCGUUCUUCCUACAUUGGCGCAGUCGAGUCCAAAUCAAACAUUAUUCCGAGAAGAUAGCACCGUCACCUCAACGAUAUCGACUGCCAAAGAGGAACCUGAACAGAACACAGAUGGUUUAACUUUAACGGCUUGGGUUCAAUGGACGAUCAACAAGUUAGCAGUAAAAUUAUACAUAAUGGGACAGCCAGAAGUUCCUUCUUUAAAACUAGUACUGGAAUUGGAAGAUAUUAUCACCUCCUUAGAUCUACAGCCUGUUUAUCUCAAACUGAAAACGAAGAUUACAACAGCUACUAUUUUUGAUUAUAUCAAAACACCAAAAGCUCAAAUUUGGGAUCUUGGAGAAUAUGGUGGCUUAGUAAUGUGUGGAAGGGAGGAUAAUUUAGAAAAGGGAGAAGACUCCGGCUUCCUGAGCUUAACUCUUACCAGAGCAAAAUGUGGCAAUGUACACACUCGUUGGGUCGCACAUAAGCGUCAUAAAGUGCAACGGAUCGCAUCUAAAUCAGACUCAAGCCAACUCGCGAGCAGCUACAUAAGCGAAGUAGUAAUCAAAAUGCAAAUGUUGGACAUAGUUUUACCCUUAAGUAUUAUCGGCAAGUAUACGCAGCUGAUUGAACCUUUCAUGAGAUUGACUGGAUGUUCCAGCAAUGAUAUUGUCGAUAAUUCGCAAGAAAAGAUAGCUGCUUCAUCAUUCAGCAGUUUCACGAGUUUGAGAAACGAUUCGUUACCGCUCGUUUAUCUCGAAUUCAAAGGUUGUCGGCUGAUGUUGCCUGCUUCUACCACUGCUAAAUAUGGGCUACUUCACGACUUACUAAUUAUACAGUUAGACGGCAUCAGUAUUACUCCACAUGCGGAAAAUCCAAUCUGUAGAAUACCUAUUCGAUCAGAUAUAUAUCAACUGGCAGCCCAAGCAAAUAUAUUGAGCAUACCUGGAUCAGCUGUGGAAGACCGGCAAUAUCAAAUCAACGUGAAAGGUGUAUGCGCCGACACAACUACUUGGAAAAAUUAUCAACUCAGUACGACUAAGAGAACCUCGCAGUCAUAUUUAUACACUAUGAAUGAGAACCCAGCGCUAGAAUGGAAUAAAUUGAGCAGCGGAAGUAGCCUAGAGCCUAGCCUCUGCACAUUCCCGAUUAUUACAAGGUUCGAUCUCUGCCUGAUCAUUGCACCAGCAACAAUAUUUAAACCCGAAACUAUUGUAUGUGGUAACGCAGUGGAAAUAAAUUGCUUGACGGAUAUUGAUGUGACAAUAAACUUGAAUCAAAUCAAACUUGUUUCUACACUCAGCAACGAGUUUGAAACGUUUGUUGUUGGCACAACUAAGGAUAAUGAUUACUCUCUACUUUCGACCAAAUUACCGACUGCCAGGCAGCCUUCAUGUGCGCCGAUAUUGGAAGAAGCAGAUAUCGAUUUUGCUAGAGACAGUGGUGUCGAUUUUGAAAUGUCCAGUAUAAACUCAACGAUAAUUGGUAAAUCAACGCGACGUGGUGCUGCUUUGCUGUCACCGUUCGAGUUUCUGAUCAAUUGUGGUAAAAUCACAUUUGUCCUUUAUGAAACCAAAGAAGCAUCUGCCGAUUCCGAAUAUCAUAUGGAUCCAAAUGAAAUAGAUGAUGACAACAUGGAUGUAAAACAACCAUUGCUUUACGUCAUGAUUGACCAGCCCAAUAUUUAUAUCUCUCAACAUAAUCUGACACAGAAAUUACAAGUAACAUGCUUCGACAUUGCGGCAUCACUUGGAAGCGAAGAAAAGAAACAAUCAGCGUCAGUGCCUACACAGACAGACUUCGAUGUUUGUUUAAUCGAGACGCGAAGCGGCGAUCCGCCGAAUGACACUGGAAUACCACCGUCUUUUGUAACAAUUAAGUGCCAUUGGCAUCCAACAAAAAACCCGCAUUACUGUGUCAACUUGGGACGACCAACAAAGAUUCAUUGUUCUCUGUCUAGGCUGAACUUCAUCGAAUCAAUAACAAAUAACCUAAUGGCGUGUUACUUGGAUGAAAGUAGCGCCAAACAACCAACGUAUCGUCGGAAGGAUUUGAAUCAUCCUGCUGAACAAUCGUCCUCUAGAGUAAUACACAAUAAGUAUAACAUUCCAGAUCUGGACGUUUCCACAAAACAAUUGGUAAUGUCGUUGAAAACGGAUUCUGGGUCGGAAAUUGUUGUCAGCAUAGCUGCACUCACUGGGAAUACGUCGACGGCAAUCAGACCUGAGAGAAUUUACAAAAACGUUUCCUUGGAUUCGUUGAUAAUUUCGGUUGUACUGGAUGGAAAUAUGAAAGUCCUGUUGAACCCGUGGUGUUGUAAUAUCACAAUUUAUCUCCUUUGGGAAACAUGGCAGGAUAUCGACACUCUUCCGCAGAUACAAGUUCAAGCGGACAGUGAAAGUCUUUACCUAGACGUCGGACCUGAGCAGAUAAAGAUAAUAUCUACCGUGAUGCAAGAUUGCCAAAUUAUCGCGAACUUAGUCAGUUCGUCAUUGUCAUCGGAACAACAGAGAGAUGAAGAAGAAAAAACUGAGAAACAAUCCAUGGCUUCAUACUCUGAGCAACAUUAUAAAGACGAUUUGAAAGCUGGUGCAUUUCAGUUCAUCGAUGGUAACGGAGACGAACUCCCUUUUCCUUAUCAAGUGGUGUUUUUGACUUGUCCGCAACAGGCAAUGGCAUGGCGAUAUCCGCAACCAAGAGCACUGACAAAACUACACGUUUCUCCAGUACCGUUCAAGACGUCGGUAGUCGAGGAAGCAUGCGAGGAGCAAGUACCAUGUAGUAUAGAAUACUGGAGUGAGAGUCACAUGGCAUAUCAGCAUUACGCAGAUUUUUACCUCUCUGAGACAGACAGUUACCGAUUGGAUUUUCCCAACAAAACACCCGCCCGCGCUGUGGCCUGUAUUUGGCGGGUAGUUCUGAACCAACCAAACUGUCAAACCUAUGCAAAGACACUUGUGUCGGCUCGCGCUCUUGCUGCGUGUUUGAGGAUCGAUUCAUACUUCAACCCUACGAUAGUGCCAAAUCUGCAAGCUGCACUGAACAUCGGUGCCAUUCACGUUGCUUUUUAUAACAACAUCAACUCGUGCAGUUACAACACGCUGCCACCACCACUAAAUAAUUACACUCUGGAUGUCCCGAUUCCAGAAACGCAGUGCUACCUCAUCUGUGAAUACAGAAAGGCCAUUGUCGUGCUCAACAGAUGGGCAGAUGGAGUGCUGAUGUUCGAUAUAGGUGGCAUUCUCAGCAUCCGGGUCCUUGAUUAUGGACUAUUGAAUAUGCACGAAGUUCUUGACCCGUUGGAAGGAAAAGUUCAGUUAUCCAUUGCCGACGCUGUUGAGCUUUCAGUCAUUUGCAAUCCAUUCUCGUUGAAAUUCAGUCCAGCAAUUAGCCACACUUUAGCAGUUUCCGCGCAUCUGUGGGCAAUGGCUUUUGACAGUGACAUUAAAAACGUUGUUGUGCUGUCGAGAUACGUUGUUGCAAAUGAUAGCAAUAUUUCAAUUAGAUUCGGUCAGAGUGGAACAAACGACAAUAUUAUACUCCAAACAAGACAGUGUCACUUUUACUCUUGGCGAAAUGUCAACAAUCAGACACUGCGCAUUGCUGUCGAAGAUAGCGGAUGGGCAUGGAGCCAGCCUUUCUCUGUUCACAGAAACGGAAUACAAAUGAUCGAUUUUGGUAACAAUGGGUCCAGGAACAUUGCGAUUUUUGUAAACGUUACGUCGCUAUCCGCCACACAGAAAUUGAUCACUUUUUCUGGACAGCUUAUACUCACAAACCAAAUGGUAGACAACUUCGAAAUGAAACUAGUCAAGUACGAGGUGACUACAGAAACUACAAUAGUUCCUUCAAAAGAGAUACACAUCAUCAAGGGAAAAAGUCAGCCACCCUCAAUUGUAUUGGAAAACGGGAAUUACAUGGCUAUGCGAUUGCGGUUUUCAAGUUUGACUAAUUUAUCAUGGACAGGUGACAUUCCACUUCAGCCAAAUACAAAGUGUAGUCAGCCGUGGCUCGUCAAAGUACCCUUGCAAGAGCGCGGACAGUUUCUUAGUAUUUGGGUGAGAAUAGUCGUGCAAUCUAUUCACGGUCGGACCAAAGUGCUCGCUGUAAUAAGUCCGCUUUAUAUGAUUCGUUCCUACUUGCCUGUGCCAGUGAAUGUACAGAUGGAAACUCCUUCAUUGAAAGUUUCGUUAUCCGCGAGUGUCAAUGGCAGAGGAGAAAAGCAGCAACUGUACUGUCCUGGAACUUUUGAACAUUUUCAUCAAUUGACUUUUCAACUCGAAUCUGGUAUAUCUGCGUCAAAUCCUUACGUACCACUGUCGUACAGCUCGGUGGAUCAGAGGAAAUUUUUUAAAAGGCCAGAGAGCGAGGACAUCGAAGUCAUUUUAAAAGAGUUACAAAUGCAGAAGGAUAAAAUUCAGUGGCCCUUCCAAGGCGAUGACAUGCUCGAAUGGGUAUCGGCAGAACAGCCUCAAACGCAUGUCCAAGUAAAAUACCAGGAGGCUGGACUGGUUUCUAGCACACUCUUGCUGGAGCUACAGCCAUGGUGUUUCAUACUCAACUCCUUAGGAUGUCAUCUGUCCCUUGUAUCUGAGGAUAUCGAACUCUGUCAAGUUCCUCAUUAUGGAAUCGUCACUCCGCCAAAACUAGAUGGAACAUUUCACUUCGGUGUUGGGCUCGGUGAUACUUACUACACAUCUCCAGCACUUCAACUGGCUCGUCCGGAUUGGAGUCAAAGCUUUUACAUGCCUCGGGUUGGAGGCCUCAUCCCAGUUGAGGGCAACAUGAAAACGGCUGUUGACUGUGGUAACAGUUUGUGUAUGGUCAGCGUGAACUCGAGUAUGCAUGAAGACAUGAGAUUGGUGCGUGUUUCGAGCAGUCACGUAAUUGCGAACCUAACACCUCAAGAAAUGUGUGUAGCAACUCUUGCUGUGAACGACACAUUAUCCAAACUGCAUAUACCUGCCGAUCUGACUCCAUACAGCUUAAACAUUCUUGCGUCCGAGGAUCAGAAGUAUGCUACUCCGAUAGUGCAAUGGCACUUAUUGUCUGAUCAACAAUUCAUUGAGCCAAUGGCAUUGUAUGUAUCCCUAAGUUUGGGCCAUCGAUGGUCUUGCCCGAUAAGAGUUGAUCAAGGAAUGAGUCGUCGAUGUCUUGCUAUUCCGAAUGGAUCUGCAACUAUGCCAAUAGUGGUUACCACACAAGAAGAUAAGGGUACCACGUAUAUUACCAUUCACGUCGAUAAGCAUCCUCAACUACUGAUAAGUAAUGGAUGCAAUUUCAAAAUCCUUCUUGGCCAAGCAAACGCAGAUUUAACUGAAAUAUUGGCCGAGAUACCCCAUUUUUCGUGGAUUUGUGAAAUAGAAAGUGGCGGAUCCUGCCACUACUCACUACCAGCUAUCGGCAGUCGAUUGCCUGAUUCGCCAGCUUUGAGCACCACACCAUUAUUACUUUUGAGCGCUGUGUCAAACAACAGUAGUGUGAAUUCUGCAGAACAGACGCUGAAAUGGUCUCGAGGAGUAAGUCUCUCGGUAAUGGCAUCUAUUCCAUCUGACCAAUAUGUCAGGCUUCCACACCACGGAGAUGUGAAACUAAUCAUGUACACCCGGUGCUACACAACAUAUGUUAACAUUCUUCCAAUAUCACAGGUCGAGAUAUCAGCUAGAGAUAUAAGAAGUAGAUUAUUUCACAAUGAAAAUAGAGCAAAUGAUAUGGAGAUCAUUUCUAAACAACAACUCGCCAAUAUCUCAGAUGAAAGUAUGACACCUUUGAUCAAUCAAAGUUCACCUAGUUCGACAUCGGUAACGAGUUUUUACUCUGCUCAUGAAGAAAUCCCGGGAACAGAUCCGACCACAUCUUCACAACAAUCUAGAGAGAUGAGGAAACGUGAUAAAUCUAUUACUGUUUACCUUCGUGGUGUAACACUCACCAUAACCCAGGAUAUUAAUGAAAAUGCGCAAACCAUUGAAGUGGCUAGUCUGACCAUAAGUGAUUUAUUCAUCACAAUGGAACCGAACCAAAACAUUUUAUCCACGUGGAUUUGCAUCGGAGACCUGCAACUGGACAAUCAAAUGUUCGAUCAGGGUGGCUUUGAUUUUCCAGUUGUACUAAUAGGCCAAAAUCCAAUUUCGAGAAAGGAUCUUACUUUCUCUUUAAACAGCCAUUUGAGUAACGUGUUUGCACAGUUACAGAAAAAUUCUUUGUUAUCUGUUAACAUCAUGUACGAAAAUGAGGGUAACAUAUCAGGUGUGAAGGACGUUCGAAUUACGUUGGCACCAGUCAGUGCUUACAUUGAGGAUACAUACAUAACGCAGCUUUUAGACUACGCAACAUCACUGGUACCGCCAUGUUUUGCGAUGCCACCUGAUAAUUUUAGAAAGUUACAGGCUAUGCCAAUGUUGUCCAGCGUUUACGUGCCAGACUACAUAAUGAUGGAUGCAAAAAUCUUGAGUUCACCUCUAAGGCUACAAAAUCUGAUUAUAGAUCCUGUCUCUAUUCUUCUUAGCGUUCAUACAUCAGUACGAUUGUAUUUAGCACUCGACCACUCUCCUUUGCACUUCGGAACAUUUGACAGAAAAAAUUUGCUCACCACUCCUUACAGACUUGGAAAUGCAUUGACAAUGCAUUAUUUGUCUGGAGCUAUAUUCGGCGCUGGUUGGGUCGUUGGGUCCCUUGAAAUCCUUGGAUCGCCUGGAGGACUUGCACAGGCUUUGGGUUGUGGUCUCAGAGAUUUUGUCUCAUUGCCAUUUCAGGGCCUCUUACAUGGACCGUGGGGUUUUGUCGUUGGUGUCACGCACGGAUCUGCUAGUCUUAUGAAACAUGUUACUGCAGGUACAGUGAAUUCUGUUACCAAAUUGGCAUCAAGUGUAGCCAGAAAUUUGGACAGGUUGACUCUAGAUGUGGAGCACCUUCAGCGUCAAGAGGAAUCUCGCAGAAUGCGACCACAAGGCAUGGCCCAGGGUCUUUAUCAAGGCCUGACAGGCUUCGGGAUGAGCCUUCUCGCUGCCGUCGCAGGAUUAGCUCAUCAUCCUCUACAGCAAGUUUGGUCAGGAGGAGCAACUACUAGAGGCCUUGUGACCGGAGUUGGUCUUGGAUUAGUAGGUGUAGUGACAAAGCCAUUGAGCGGAGCUGCGGAGCUUGUGGCUCUAACGGGCCAAGGAUUACUGCAAGGAGCUGGAUGGAACUCUCUGCCCUCUCCACGGCAGAGACCGGUUGUGCAAUACUCAAGCGGCUCCAACAAUGCUCCACUAAGAUACGCAUGGCGUCUUAUGCCGCUCCUGGUAGCAAGUCACGACAAUAUUUUGCACACGAUAAACGCUGAUCAUGUCAUUCAUCAAGGUAGUAAUCAGGCGGUGACUUUGGUAUUGACAAGGAAUGCUCUGCUGGUAGUAAAUGUAGCUGAAGACACGACGGAAAAAGUAUUCACCCUCAACGAACUGACCAGCAUGGAUCAUCCUUCGGACACAACGAUGCUUUGCCUGCAUUGCCCUCCCGCAGUUUCACAGUCUGCAGCUCCUUCAUCACCACGAGAAUACCGUGAGAUGGAUCAGGAAAUGAGGGCAAGAGUCGAGGAGUUUGUUCGAAGCAGCAGCACUGGUUUAGCCAGUUUGCCUACGGACAGUGACGCGCAAUCGGAUAGUUCCGAACCCGUAAUGCCCGCUGCUGAUAACACCAUUACAUUCUACGUUUCACCCGAAUCACGAAACUAUUUUCUUUCCUUGUUGAAUGUUACCAAAAGACAAAGCCAAGGAAAAGGAUUUCAGGUCUUAUAGGGUACAUUUUGUUAGAUAAUUGAAGUAUUUCUGGAAAACAUAUCCUAGGAUAUGGAUUUAAUAGUUGUUUGCAAAGCCUGCGGUAACAAGAGUUACAUUAUACAUAUGUAAUUUAAAAAACAUUGUUUGGGAUGUAAAUUUUGUAAAUUUUGGUCAGGAUGUUUGACCAGAGAUUGUUGUUGUAACUUAUCGUACGGAAAAUAUGGCCGUCUGGCACAAGAAUUUAUCAAGCACAAAUAUCUGUAUAUUUUGCGUUUUUCAUCAUUCCGAAACUGAAACUACUACGGAAUCGAAAAUGACUUAUUGUCAACAAUCCUGGUGGUUGAAUAAAAGAAAUAAGAAACCGUCAUUUCUUCAUUUUAAAAACAAUUUUUUUGACUUGCGAUAGUGUUUUAAAAUUAAAAAGUUAUUGUAGAGAGAAUCGAUUACUAGUCGAAUGCUUUUCUGUGAUAAAGACUUCAAUCAUUUUAUACUUAUUAGUUUCUAAUAACUUCAAAUAAUUGUGUAGAUAAAUGAACAGUUCAAUUCGCUUGAAUUUGCCAGAAAAAAGUUGCAUUUAUAAAAGAAAUCGCUUUUAAUUUGAUCGCAUCAGGGCAGUUGAAACAUCUAAUUGAUUUAGAAUGUAUUAGGGUUCAUUUCAAAUUUCUAUGCUAUUUCUGAAUGAAUGUGCAAAAUUUUCAUGGUGAUGGUUAAAAUCUAUGUACAUGGC